GUCAUCGCCCAUCGCUCGUAGUAGAGCUGUUGUCUAGUGAGCUGUAGAAUUCACUCAUCAGAAAAUGCGACUAAACACCAAACCACAUCUCUUUUUUUUCUUAAUCUCUGCGCUGAUUAAUUAGGAGCCUGUACCACGGAGUCGCUCUGAGAUACUUCAUAGACCGGUUUCAACCAUGGACAAAUCAGCGAUUAGACUACACGGACACAUAGCCUUACAAAAGUUGUGAUCACUCUCAGUGCGGCGCUCCUUUCUCUCACAAGACUACGAGUGCAAAACACCCGAGAAAACCUCUGGAUUUACGGAGUUUCGUUUCAGCAAUACGGGUUUUGACACUGUCCGCGCAAAGCACAUGGGGUUUCCUUGCGGCAGAGAGAGAGCGAGAGAGACGCUUCAGAAACCUUCGUUUUGUCACGUCGAUCUGGGCUAUAGUGCACACAGGGGUGACCCAGAGGGGGUGUCCUGGUCCACUGAGACGUGACUCUGGGGCUGGUGUGGUCUACCUUUUCAGCCUGUGCUUCCCUCUUCACCUGUCUUCCCUGUCAAAUGAUGACCGUUGACCUAGACAGACUGAAUCAGACUGACAUUUGAAAGACAACUCACCAAAAAGCUGCACUGCUUUACCGCUCUGUCACCAUGAAGAGUAAAUACUCCCAGUACUACAACCGGUCCCUCAUUGAGGUCCACUAUCUCUAUGCCAAGGCAAUGACCCGGUCACAAUUGCAGGACCGACAUAGUGGCACUGGGCUAAACCCCCUCAGCAUCCUGUUUGUUAUCAUCUGCAGUAUCAUCAUACUGGAGAACCUGCUGGUUCUCAUCGCCGUGUUCCGUAACAAGAAGUUCCACUCGGCCAUGUUUUUCUUCAUUGGGAACUUAGCGUUUUCAGAUCUGCUGGCCGGUUCUGCCUACAUAGCAAACAUCUGCCUGUCAGGACCUAGGACAUUUGAACUGGUGCCUGUGCAGUGGUUCAUAAGAGAAGGAACUGCUUUCAUUGCGUUGGCCGCCUCCGUUUUUAGCUUGCUUGCCAUUGCAAUUGAACGAUAUAUCGCUAUCACCAAGGUUAAGGUGUACGGCUCUAACAAAACUUGCCGGAUGUUCCUCCUCAUUGGAGCAUGCUGGGUGACCUCCAUUUUUCUUGGAGGCCUACCCAUCAUUGGUUGGAACUGCAUCAACGACUUGGAAGAGUGUUCUGCGGUCCUGCCUCUUAACUCCAGACGUUAUAUCCUUUUUGUGGUCACCAUCUUCAGCAUCAUCCUGCUGUCCAUUGUUAUUCUCUAUGUGCGAAUCUACCUAAUUGUUCGUUCCAGCCACCAAGAGGCCACCAAUUCUCCCGCCUACGCCCUCCUGAAAACGGUCACUAUUGUGCUGGGUGUCUUCAUCGUGUGCUGGCUUCCAGCCUUCACCAUCCUUCUCUUGGACACCUCCUGCCCAAUGAAAUCAUGCCCUAUCCUCGGCAAGGCCAAUAUCUUCUUUGGUGUUGCAACGCUCAACUCUAUGCUCAACCCGUUAAUAUACACACUUCGCAGUAAGGACAUGAGAAAGGAGUUCUUGCGUGUGCUUUGCUGCUGGGGAUUGCUUCAGAGUGGUCGGCCCUCUGAACGAUGUAUGGUUCCUCUCAAGAGUUCAAGUUCCAUGGAACACUGCACCAACAAACAUGAACACCAGAGUACACCUAUCAUGCAGGACUGUACCACCUGUGUCUGACUUCGGAUCUCUUCUGUGUUGAAUGUAUGUGUUCAUUCGGGAGGGAGGUAGGAAGCAGACGUGAUCGUGCGCCCCGCAGAAGAGACCAGAGAGGAAUCGCACACCUGGGGACCACCACAAAACGUACUCAUGGAGCACAACAGACUGUUAAGUGUUUUGUUUUUUUACGGCACCUCAACGGUUUUCACUGUUAGUGGAAACAGUCACACCUGUUUGAAUAUACAGUCAUUGUUCUGUGAAUCCAUCUGUGCAUGUAGAACGUUAUAUCACAGUUAGUUCAGUGGUCUCAGCUUGGAUUCAAGGUUGAUGGCUUUUUUCAUUUUUACAGUCUUUUGUUUAAGGACUCAUGAAAUGAAUUAGUGCUCUUCGCUUAUGGCACGUUGUUCACCGUUCAUAUUUUAUUACAGUAACAUAGUGUUUCAUUUGUACUUUCACCUAUGAACAAAGUUAUUGAAGUCCAGAUGUAACUGAUUGUAAUGAAUUGUUAUACACCACCAAGUUUUUCCAAGCUGUUGCAGCUGUUUAACAGUGACCGUUAAACUUCCGAAGAUUUUUUUUUGUUGCUGUCAUCCAUAACCUGUUGGUCUAAUCUAGAACCACAGAUUAUGUACACGUUUUAAAACUAAAGCUUGAGAUAUUGCACUUUGUGAAUUAGUGUGCAUUGUGUGAUUGUAUGAUACCAACGUGCGUGUCAGUCUGUCGACAGUCACAUCGACAGGUGUUCUCGGUUUGAGCCAAUCGCCGUUCGAGCUCACAGAGACAUGGGAGCAGGGUGACAGAUGAUAAUUAGCAUUGCACUCCAGACAAGCCAAGCCACCUUGAGUGCUCACAAGACCUUGCUAAUAUAUAUCCACUUAUAUACAUAUACAUAUUGCCCUUUGAUUUUACUACAAAAACAAAAGUAUUCUGCUUCGAUGUAUUGCAUGAUGUUCUAACUUGAGUACAAAUUAAUGUGUAUUGCAUAUUCAUGUAAAAUUUCACCAUUAACACACACUGUGUGCGAUUCUCGUGGCCUCUGCUCUUGCUCUACGUUCCUUUCUUGUCUUGCCCUGUUAUUCCUCAGACAGAAAUGUUUCCUGAGAGGAAGGCACAAUCAGAAAGUACAUUUCCUAUAUAAGCUGGGAGUGAUACCUAAGUAGGUGACAAGCCCAUUAACCACUGAAAAGAUGUCAUGACAAUGCUGUAGUCUGGCUGCAGCAGCGACGUACUUUCUGUUUCGUGUUGGUUUGUUUCGUGCCAUCCAGGUGCAUGGAGCUGAAUGUAUGCAUGAAGUGUUUGAAGCAAAAGCUUCGUCGGUUGGCAGUAUUAGUUAACUAUGAUCUUCCCUUGUUGAGUAUUGUGCUAUCAUUUGAACAUGCAGCUUCAGGAGCAAGAACUCUCACUGUGAAGUCUUAAAAAAAAAAGAAAAGAAAAGAAAAAAAAGAAACAUCCGAAUGGAUAGAAUACAAACCUUGAAACACAGAAAGCCUUAGGAUCGGGUCAGAAAAAACAUGCCCUCUCCUCUAGUCCGUUGGACCGCUAAAGAGUACACAUCCGGCUUCUGAGGUCACAGGGCUCCAGGGUCUUGUUUCAGGUUAAUUGCCGUCACCUAAAACUUCCCAACUUCCUUCAGCCAUGGGAAGUUAUGCUUUUCCUAUAAUGAUUCCUGCUGUUCCUGUCUACUCCUGAUAUUAUUUCUGUGUUUAAAUAAUCUCACAUAUUGUAGGUGAGAUUAAGCACAGACACAUUCAGAUCAACCACUGGCCCCAGUUUGGUAUUCCUCUAAGAAAAAUCAUUUUGGAAUGAGAAAGCACUUUGGCAGCUCCUCCAAAACCUGUCCUAUGUAUUGCUUUUUUUCCUCUUGAGAAUUGUCUAAGCCUGUGCAAACAGACCUAUCACUUCCAUUCAACGUGAGAUGUUGCCUAACCCUGUGGAACAA